AUGACCUUCAACGAGAUCGUUCGAGACACCUGGGCAUGGCACGUCAUACGAGCCGUCACCAGGGCCAGGCAUCCGGCGUUCCAAUACUUUGACGAGAGACACCCCUUGAUCCGUCAGAGAUACACGGAAAAUGGCUAUGAUCGGUCAGGCUCGGGACUCUCAUACGCUUCAAGACACACCGAAGUUCGAGCAUUUUCACUAGACUCUGAGAAGUCAGAUAGCGAGAUCCCGGGCAAUCAAACAAUCAGCCGUACGACGUGGGAAAAGUAUGGCAUCGAGAAUAGAAGAGGUCUCCAUCUCGUCGAGUUCUUGCCAAAUGACCCAGAGAACCCGAGAAACUGGUCCGUCAUGAAGAAAGCCAUCGUCAGCUUCCACAUCUGCCUCCUCGUCAUCGCCGUCUACGCAGGCGCAUCAAUCUACACCGUCGGCACCCACGGCGUCCGCCAGCAAUUCGGCGUCUCGGAGGUCGUCGCCCUCCUAGGACUUACAGUCUUUGUCCUGGGCUACGGUCUUGGACCGAUGGUCUGGAGCCCCCUCUCCGAGAUUCCCCAGAUCGGCCGCAAUCAAAUCUACAUACCCGCCCUCACAAUCUUCGGCCUCGCCCAGAUCCCCAUCGCCCUCGCCACUUCCAUCGGCAUGCUCCUCGGCUUCCGCUUCCUCGCGGGCUUCUUCGGCUCCCCCGUCCUCGGCUCCGCCGCCGGCAUCCUGGACGACAUGUUCGUCUCCCGCAAACACACCUACGCCAUGGCUUCUUUUUGUCUCAUUGGCAUCUCCGGUCCCACUCUCGGGCCCAUCGUCGGCGGCUUCGCCGUCGAGCUCAAGGGCUGGACCUGGUCCGCUUGGAUCGUGUCUUGGUUAGCCGCCUGGAUUCUCGUCGUGCUCAUCUUCUUCCUGCCAGAGACGAGCGCCGAUAACAUCUUGUAUCGACGGGCCAUGCGUUUGCGGAAAGUGACGGGCGACCCGGGUUUCGUCUGCGAGGCGCAGCUGCGCGCGGAUUACACCGCCGGCACGGAAGUCUUUAAAGCACACCUCGUCCGGCCCUUCACCUUGGUCCUCACCGAGCCGGCCGUCUUCUUUCUGAACCUGUAUAGUGCCUUCGCCUACGGGCUGAUGUACAUCUGGUUCGAGGCCCUGCCGUCAGCCUACGGGGAAGUAUAUCACUUUGGCACCGGCAAACAGGGCAUCGCGCUGCUAGGUCUCAUCGUCGGCGUCCUGCUCACCAUCCCGCCGUUCUUCCUGUACUACCGCAAACGCAUCGAGCCGCAGUUUGAUCGCGACGGCAACAUCGAGCCGGAGAAGCACCUCCACCCGGCCAUGGUCGGCUGCCUCUUCAUCCCGGCCAGCUUGGUCUGGUUUGGGUGGACGGCGCGGCCCGAGAUCAGUUACCUCGUCCCCAUUGUCGGUUCCGUCUUGGCUGGGAAUGAGCUGUUCAAUGCCAUGUGCGGGGCUACGUUCCCGCUGUUCAUCCCGCCCAUGUAUUACCGGUUCGACGUGCUUGGGUCGAGUAUGAUUCUGGCCAUUUUCGCUGUUGCGUUUGUGCCUUUGCCGUAUAUCUUGUACAUGCUAUUGCAGAGGGGAGCCAAGCUUAGAAAACAGAGCAGUUACGCAAGAAAAGGAAUGUGA